UCACCUCGCCCCAAAACUCACAGACUCACCAGCAAGCCAUGACUACCACCGCCAGCUCCAUGGACAGGCAUGUUGCAGUAUUAGGGUUCCCCACCCAUACAGCUACCCUCUUAAAACUCCUGCGCAGACUAGCAUCUGCCGCACCCACCACCAUCUUCUCCUUCUUCAACACUCCCAAGGCCAACAGCUCCAUCUCCUCUGCUCAAAGUCCCCACGGUAUUCAUAAUCUAAGAGUUUAUGAUGUAGCAGACGGCGUGCCAGAGGACCUUGUGCUUUCAGCACACCCCCUGGCACGCAUCGAGCUGUUCUUGAAGGCUACGCCUGGGAACUUUCGUGAUGCUAUGGAAGUGGCUGAGAAGGACAUUGGAAGGAAGAUAAGUUGCCUGGUGAGUGAUGUCUUUUUGUGGUUCACUGCUGAUAUGGCUGAGGAAAUGGGGGUUCCGUGGGUGGCAAUUAGGACUGCUGCACUUUACUCACUCUCCGUCCACAUUUAUACUGAUGCUAUCCGGGAAACAGUGGGAGUUGCGGGGCAGGUGCAAGACCAAACCCUUGAUUUCAUCCCAGGAUUGUCAGCUAUAAAGGUUGAAGACCUACCUGAAGGAAUGGUUUUCGGGGACACAGAAUCUCCCUUCGCAUGCAUGUUGCAUAAAAUGGGGCUCAUGCUGCCACGAGCAACCAUUGUUGCCACAAAUUCCUUUGAAGAACUAGAGCCGACCAUUGUCACAAAUGAUCUCAAGUCCAAGCUCCAAAAAGUUCUUACUGUUGGUCCUUUUGACCUAUCUUCACCACCACCGCUGAUAUUGGACGCCAGUGGCUGCCUGCCAUGGUUGGACAAUAAAAAAGAAGCGUCAGUGGCAUAUGUUAGUUUUGGGAGCAUAGCAACACCACCACCCAACGAGAUUGUAGCAUUGGCAGAAGCCCUAGAAGCAACUGGGAUACCGUUUCUUUGGUCUCUUAGGGAGCAUGCAAUGAACAAUUUACCAAAAGGAUUUCUAGAGAGGACGACCGCUCAUGGAAAAGUAGUUGCGUGGGCACCCCAGCCUCAGGUCUUAGCACAUGCCUCAGUUGCAGUGUUUAUUACUCAUAGCGGUUGGAACUCGGUGACUGAGAGUAUAGUUGGUGGUGUGCCCAUGAUCUGCAGGCCAUUCUUUGGAGAUCAACGUCUUAACAGGCGGAUGGUACAGGAUGUAUGGGGGAUUGGUAUAGGAGUUGAGGGAGGGAUCCUCACAAAAAGGGGAGUAAUGAGUGCUUUGGGACUAAUUUUGUCCCAUGAAGGGAAGAAAAUGAGAGAGAAAAUUGGGGUCCUAAAAGAGCUUGCUAGAAGGGCUGUUGAACCAAAUGGGAGCUCAACUCAAAAUUUAGGUCAUUUGUUGGAGGUAAUCACAACAUCUAAGUUACCUUUGGACACCAAUAAGUAGCUGCCUCAAUGGUGUUCGUCAGGACGUUAAAAAGUUCAGAAAGAAUAUUUUAUUUUGAGUGAUUAUUUUAGUUUAUAUUUUCGAGAAGAAUAUUUUAUGUUGAGUUAUUAUUUUAGUUUACAUUUUCUUGAAGAAUAUUUUAUGUUGAGUUAUUAUUUUAGUUUACAUUUUCUUGAAGAAUAUUUUAUGUUGAGUGAUUAUCAUUUUCGAGUCGUCAACUCCUAUAAGGUUUCUAUAUUUUAUUAUUAAGGAUUUCUAUUGAGGUAAGUAUCAGCAUGUAAUUUUCAAUAAAUUUUCUGUUGAGGUUAAGUAA